AUGGCAAGAGGCGAGGGGGGCAGCCCCCGCCGUGCAGUGGCUCCUGCCGUACUUUUAGUGCUUUGCUCAUGUAUCCACAAUGUGUCAUCCGAUGUCGGCAUAGAGGGUAUGAAGGCAAUCGUGGGAGACUCCGCUAGGGCCUCCCCGGAGAUGUCAAUGCCGGCCCCCUCUACUAGUCUGGCCUUCGUGGAGCAGCUGGCCUCUGUAAUUUCCUCUGUGGCACCCACUGUAGGCCAGUUUCUGUUCUCUUCAGGGGAUGGAUCAUCAGGUUCUUCCGACUUUUCCGGGGGUGGAGGCACCUUAGCUACGCUUUCUGACUUUGGACGCAAGGCUGCGGGAGCAUUCUCCACCACCCUAGCCUCAAACAAUGGCAGAGAGGCUGUUUGGGUUCCUCUACAUGAGCAUCUUGGUCUGCUUAGGGACUUCCUAGGUCUUUCAGGUGAUGAUAAGCGCGGGGUACGCAACGCCGCUUAUCUCCUCUUGGCGUCUCAGCUGCCUCUGCUCCAAUUUGCAGUGGAGAGGGAUGCAUGCAAGGAUCCAGAGGACGAUAGGAAGGCCCUGAAUGUCGUUACCAACUAUCCACCCACCAAAAAGAUGCUGGAGGCCUAUAUGGAGCAAAGGCCUGACAAGAAUUUGCAGGGUGCACCUGCGGACUUAGUGGAGCUGUAUUCAGAUUUUCGUGAGCAUCUCAAGGCAUUGCGGGGAGCGGGCGGGGGCCAGGUGCUCCCCGUCUCGAUUGUGGGGGGAUUGGACUCGUUAAGCAGAAAUACAGCGGAACUGGUGAAUGGUUAUCUAGCCACCGUUGCACGCUACUUAACAUAUGGUGACCGCUUUCAAAAGAAUAAGAGGGGCUUGUUGUUCUUCACUAGGCACGUGCUCCCUCGGGUCCUUCAGCUCUUUGCGUUACAGCUAGAUGCAUGCCGCUACGUCUGGAAUUUCUUGGAAGAAGUUUUCCCCGGUGGCAUGUAUGCACCUGUAUCCACUUCUCUCUCUGAGUUGCCGAGCUAUCCUGCACGACCUCUUGUGUUUGAUGAGGAAGACGGGGGGACCCUUAGAUUAAUGGCACAGAACUUGGGCUUCAGUCCUCCUCAGGCGCCGUAUGCGCACGCAAGAGCCCUCGUGCGGCGGAUACUGGCUCGAGUUCAGCUGCAGCUGAGCUCUCUUUAUGCACUCUCCAGAGGCUGCCUAGCGGGGACAUCUCUCUCCUUUCAAAGGGAAUAUGCUGAAGCACAAAACCGGAUUGAAUUGGGAGAGGUUCCUGCUAGCGCUUUUCUCAUACUUAAAGAAAAAAGUGAGCAGCCAAAAGCGAUUCAAGCCGCUGAUCAGACGCCAGAAGCCACAGCAGAGAAGAAGGAAAAGGCCAAUCCCAGACUCCGAGCACUCAAAAGGAAUGCCCCUAGAUCAGAUCCCAAGGUUGAAGAAAAAAACGCCAGUCAAUCUGCCGCCAAUGAGGUUUCUUCGGGAAUCGGGGCCCCUGUAGUCCCUGCUGAAUCGGGAGGAGGAGUGUCGGAAGGGCAGCAUCUGCAGUGCAGAGGAGGUUGCUGGCCUAGUUGGAUUACUACUCUUCAAGCCUCCAUAGACAUCUUGACUUAUGAAGCGAAAAUUGAGUGGGGUAUGCUUGGUUGGAAAGGGAAACGCGGAGACAUUGAUCAGCUCCUUUGGGCACAGCCCGGCUGUGGUACCGAACAAGGAAAGAGUGUAGCGCAUGGGCGUUCACCUCAAGCCCCUGCUCAAAAUUACC